AUGUCGUCAAACACAUCAGCCACAUCCUCUGGUGCCAGAGCCGGCAAAGAUACCAUGGGCGCAGUCAAGUCUGCCGCUACCAGUCUUCACGGCGCCGGUGAAGCGAUCCGCGGCAACGUCAACCAAGCCGUCGACGAAGCAUUCGGCACUCACCAGCGGGAUUCCAAAAACGAACAGGUUGCCACCGCAGGACUUAACGAGUUGAAGACGGGAAAUAAGGGGCCAACUGCCAGUGGCCACGCUGCGGGUGUUGGGUCCGGUAUAUGA